AGAGUUCUUGUACAGGGACUCGUUUCCAACUGCUGAUUUCAGAUAUGAUUUUUAGGAGGUGGAUUUUUGUUGUUUUGAUUAACACAGCUCGGGGAUAUGAAGAAAAUGGUCAAAUAAAUACCACACAGGUCUCCCAGGAUGACUGUCAACCCACACCGGCCGAUGUCUACGGCCCAUACUAUGUACCAUUUUCACCUAGACUGAUUCAAUAUUGCACUGGUGACCCUCAAAGUUACUACAACCAUACCUUAACAGUACAUGGUCACGUUCUCCAAGAGGACUGUCAGACGGGGAUCCCAAAUACAAUAGUAGAACUCUGGCAGGCCGAUGUAGACGGAAACUACCACAGCAACGACUGUCGUGGAUAUAUCAUUACUGAUAAAAAUGGUUAUUACGAGUUCACUACUGUACAUCCGGGAAGGUACGCCAUUGACCGUAAAGAUCAGCUGCUAAGACCCCGACAUAUUCAUUUUAAAGUACAUGGUGGGAUGUUCCAUAUAGGUGUCAUCACCCAGAUGUAUUUUAAAGGCGACCCAUAUCUCGGUCUGAAAGAUGCUUGUAAGGAGUGCUCUUCAAGAAAGAAAGAGUUGAGAACUAAACCAAGAUUAUUUUGCAAUAGUCACCUUUGUAUAGCCACAGUAAAAUUUGAUAUUGUGUUACGACGAAAACCCUCUGGUUGGCAAAUUCAACGUGAAUUGUUUAACGUGGUCAGAGAAAUAAGUGACUAAUAUCUGUAAAGAGGUCAAACUUUAUGAAGAAAGUCAAAUGAAUACGUUCUACAGAUAUUAGUUAAAUGGAAUAAAUGAAUCUUGAUUUAUUUUGCCAACAGUACCAAACAAGUUGCGCACGGACAUUGUACCUAUUUGUUUUUAAAAAUACAAUAUUGAAAAGAACUUUUAAAAACAUGUUUGCAAACUUGCGUCAAGGAAAUCAAUGAUACUCUAUUGAUUAUGGUUGUAAAUAAAAGGGGGAUGUUGCUCGGACCGGAACUGACACUCAAGACUCUCCACAAAUUAAGAAAGUAAUAACCCACCGAGAUAAUGGGCCGACGUACUGAACCUUAUCUCCGUCACCAUCCACAG